AUGCGGCGGGGUCGCUGGGCCACUGUGGCCUCGCUCCGCCGCUACGGCAAGGAGACCCGCCUCCUCCGGGAGGCCGCCAAGGUGGACCCCGACGUGCUGCUGUUCGGCGAGAUCGUGGAGCGCAACUUCCUGGACGCGCUGCGGGGCGGCCCCUUGCUGCCGCUGGUGUGGGACGAGCUGCCUGCGAGCUGGAGGAGCUGCUUGUUUCUGGAACUGUUCGCGGGGCAGGGUCGCAUCUCCAAGCGCAUUGGGGACCUGGGCUACGGGUGCCUGGACCUUGACCUCGCGCACGGGGCCUGCGAGGAUCACCUCCACACCACGUUCGAGUCGGUGGUGCGCGGGUGGCUGCUGAGCAAGGCCAUUGUAGGUCUGUGGUUGGAAACUCCCUGUACGUCCUGGUCCCAGGCUCUCAGAGACCCUUUGCGCUCCAGUCGUUUCCCCAUGGGUAAACCAGGUUUGUCAGGAGCUCGGCUGGACCGCCUCCGCGUAGGCAAUCGCUCGUUCCACUUUUCCUGCCGGCUCAUCCGGCUCUGCAUUCAGAUUGGCUUCCCUGUCUUUUUGGAGAACCCUCGGGGGUCGCUGCUCUGGCACGCCCCCGAGAUGGUCAAGCUUCUCUCGGAUUCAUCGCGCACCGUUCACAAGAUGUACAUGUGCCGCUUUGGUACACCCUUUAAGAAGCCAGCGACGGUGGCCUGCUGGAAUGCAGGCGUUGCGCGUGAGCUCCGGGCGGGCUCGGCCGAGGUGGUUUGCCACGGCGUGGCCGACCUCUGUAAGCUGACCCGGCCGCUCGAUGCCCCCACGAGAGGCUGGCAGGGGUGCGAGUGCGCCGAGAGACGGUGCAGUGAGACGGUGGGCGGGGGCGGCGCCUGGGUGCGCGUGCCCCGCGUCGGCAAGGAUGCGGCUCUGGUUUUGCAUCGGCAGCCUGCUGGCGCAAGCGCCUUCGGCAUCAUAGACCACCUCGUGAGGACGGCGUCGUGGCUCGACCUGGACCGCUGUCAGCUCUACCGUGAGCACGCGCACGCGGAGCGGAACGAGGGUGACGGCGGGCAGAAGCCGCCCAGCGGCCCGGCGUCCUGGCGCGUGCGGCGGCUGCUGAGCCGGCCGUGUCGGCGGCAGAGGCUGCCGCCGGGGCUGCGGUGCAGCGGCGCCGGCGCCCGCGGCGCCGCCCGCGGGGGCGGGCUCGCGGGCCUGCUGGAGCGGCCGCCGCUGCCCCCGGCGGCGGAGGACGCGCAGGUCACAGUCAUCGACCCCUCUGGCGUACCAGUGCCAGGCCCUGGCGCGCGGUUCGCGGCGCUCGAGGAGGCCCCGUUCCCGGCCGGCGUGGUCGCCGACCUCCGCGCAGCGGGCUGUGGCCCGCCCCUCCCGGAGCUUCUGCAGCUGGCGUGGCCGCUGGCGGCGAGCCGGGUGGACGCCGCGGUGGUGGCCGACCCCCAGGAGGGCACCGCGCUGGCGUUCCUGCCGCCGGCGUUCGCGCACAUCGUGGAGCACCACAUGACGAGCCGGUGCCCCGUCCUGCUCGUGGCGGCGCCGACGCAGGAGCGGUCGAUGGAGUUGGACGCGUUCGCGCGCAAGCUGGGCCGAGCCAGCGGCAUCCGCACCGUGUGCUGCCACGAGGGGGCCGCGCUCCAGGUGCAGGCGCGCAGGAUAAGCAUGGGCGUGCACUGCGUGAUCGGCACCCCCUCGCGCCUCUGGGAGCUCCUCGCCAGCGGCGAGCUCAGCGUGGCCGCGGUCUCCACGCUCGUGGUGGACGGCGCAGACGUGGCGCUGGCCCUCGGCCUCGAGGGGCAUCUCCUGCAGAUCCGGGUCCUGCAGAGUCUGCCCGAGCAGCGCCACUCCACCGUGCUCACCGGCAGCUGGUCGUUGCCGGUGCUCGGCCUGGCGCUCCUGGCGGCGAGGCGGCCAGCGCAGGUUCACUCUGGCGGCUGGGCCAGCCUCUCCGCCGACCCCGACGUCGCGCACGUCGUUCGGCCGUGCCCGGAGGACGGCCAGGUGGCCGCGCUGCGCGACGUGCUCCGGGAGGCGGGCGUGCCGUUCGGCGGCCACCACCCGAGGACCGCGCUGGCCUUCUGCCUCUCGGACGCCCUCGGCGAGGAGGCGGCCCGCCAGGCGACGCUAGGCGGCGCGGUCUGCCGCCGCCUGCCCUCCGGCUCGGGGGAGCACGAGCGCGCCGAGGCGCUGCAGAGCCUGCGCGCGGGGGCCUCGCAGGUUCUCAUCACCACCGACAUGGCGUCGCUGGGCCCAGGCGCGGACGUCAGCGUGGCGCUCGUUGUCAAUGUCGGCGUGCCCGCGACCGCGCAGGAGUACAUCCACCGCGCCUGCCUCGCAGGCGCCGUCGAUGGCCCGCUCGAGGGCGGCGCCCGGCAGAGGGGCCUCAUCGUCACGCUCGCCCCGGAGGGGGGAGACGGCAGCCUGGCCGCGGUGGCGGAGGUCAUGCGCCGCAUGGGCCAGGCGACCCCGUGGGACGUGGAGUCCGCGCUGCGCCGCGCCGAAGCGGCCGCGGCAGCUGCGGGCGAGACCGCAGCCGCAGCAGGCCGCGGCGGGGAGGCGCAGCCCCUGCCGCGGAGCCGGCGGACGAGGAGAUAGAGGCACUCGACUGAGCACGAGGCGCCCACGGCGCGCCGCUGGGCAGCGCCAGCGACGCCCCACGGGGAAGAUCGGCGGCGGGGGCUGCAAAGGCGGCCGCGGUGCCAGCGCCGCCCAGGGCCCGCGGGCCGCCACUAUCAUCCGCGGCCCGCGGAGCCGCGGCAGGGCGGACAAAACGUCGGCGCGAUGGCCGCCUCCCCGAGCCUCGGGUUGCCUCGGUGCCCCCGCGCACAAUGAGAC